AUGCUGUGGGCAGUCAAUACCGCCCCGGAGCCAGUGUAUACCGAUGUCGAGAGCCUCCCGACGAUCCUAGCACAGCGCAAGAUCACCAACAUCCGCAAGAAGCAGCUCGUCAAAGCAGCUCUGCGCAACUACGACGACCCUCCGCCACCGCCCAAACCAGACGAAUGUUGCGGCAGCAGUUGCGAUCCGUGUGUCAAGAUGCUGUGGAAGGAGGAGCUCGAAUGUUGGCGCGAGAGAUGGGGUUCGGGUGCGCAGGAGAAGGUGUCGUCUGCCGCUCAAUCCAAGGGUGGGGAUGCAGUGCCGAUAGACAAGACAACCACGAUCCCUGGUAGCUUUGACUGGUAG